AAAUUUCCGCCCGUAGUAAGCAUGGCGGCGGCACCUCACCACUGAUUCGUUGAAUUCCUUCCCGGUAAUCUUGGGCACUAGCGGGCGGAGUUGAAGGGCGCUUGGACCCCAGCGGCGAUCGGUGUUUGGGUUCGGGCUCUGGGAACAUUUUGGCUUUGCUCGCCUUCCUCUUUCAGAAGACUCGAGAUCGGCCAGCAGGUCUGCGAGAUUUGAAACGCGACUGUUACUCCUUGUUUUCCGGUUCUGGCCGCGGGAGCCUCUCGAGAAGCGUGGAAAGAAGAGAAGGGCGUAUACCUAGUGACCGCCUCUGGUUGUCUUGGGCUCGCGCCUGGCGCCGCUACGUGGAGUCGCUCUCUCGUCCUCACUUUUGGCUGCCGACUUGUUGAGUAGAAGUGCAAACUGAUGCUUUAAGACUCAGGGAAAGGUCUUUCCCUUAUCUCCACCCCAGCAAGCACCCCAGAGACCUUGGAGAUUUGUCUUGUUUCUAGACACGUGUACUCGAAUGUUGUGCGAAGGAGGACUUAAAUAUUCGAGAAGAGAGUGGGAACUCCUGGAAUUUUAAGGGAAUUCUGUGUAUUUCCAAAACUGACUUUUAACUACCGGCAGCGUGGGAUUUCGUGAUUGUUUUUCGCCAUCGUGUGGCUCCAACAUGUACUUCCCUUCUUGGUUAAGUCAGCUGUACAGGGGUUUAUCCAGACCCAUCAGAAGGACCACCCAACCGAUCUGGGGUUCUCUCUACAGAAGUCUGUUGCAGAGUUCACAGAGGAGAAUUCCAGAAUUCAGUAGCUUUGUUGUCCGGACCAACACAUGUGGAGAGUUGCGUUCGUCUCACUUAGGCCAAGAAGUCACCUUGUGUGGAUGGAUUCAGUACCGAAGGCAAAACACAUUCUUGGUCCUAAGAGAUUUCGAUGGGCUCGUUCAAGUUAUCAUUCCCCAGGAUGAGUCGGCAGCCUCUGUGAAGAAGAUUUUAUGUGAAGCCCCUGUGGAAUCUGUGGUGCAAGUGUCUGGUACAGUCAUUUCCCGUCCUGCAGGACAAGAGAAUCCAAAAAUGCCAACAGGUGAGAUUGAAAUCAAAGUUAAAACAGCUGAGCUUCUGAAUGCCUGCAAGAAGCUGCCCUUUGAAAUUAAGGACUUCGUGAAGAAAACAGAGGCUCUUCGGUUGCAGUAUCGCUACUUAGACUUGCGUAGUUUCCAAAUGCAGUAUAACCUGCGACUGAGGUCCCAGAUGGUCAUGAAAAUGCGGGAAUAUCUCUGUAAUCUGCAUGGGUUUGUGGAUAUAGAAACCCCCACACUGUUUAAGAGGACCCCAGGGGGUGCCAAAGAGUUUUUAGUACCAUCCAGGGAACCUGGAAAGUUUUAUUCUCUCCCUCAGAGUCCUCAACAGUUUAAGCAACUUCUGAUGGUUGGCGGUUUAGACAGAUAUUUUCAGGUUGCCCGAUGUUAUCGAGAUGAAGGUUCAAGACCAGACAGACAGCCUGAGUUUACUCAGAUUGACAUAGAGAUGUCUUUUGUAGACCAGACUGGGAUCCAGAGUUUAAUUGAGGGUUUGCUCCAGUAUUCCUGGCCCAAUGACAAAGAUCCUGUGGUUGUUCCUUUUCCUACUAUGACUUUUGCUGAGGCACUGGCCACCUAUGGAACUGAUAAACCUGACACUCGCUUUGGAAUGAAGAUUAUAGAUAUCAGUGAUGUGUUUAGAAACACAGAGAUUGGAUUUCUUCAAGAUGCACUUAGUAAGCCCCAUGGAACUGUGAAAGCCAUAUGUAUCCCUGAAGGAGCAAAAUACUUAAAAAGGAAAGACAUUGAAUCCAUUAGAAAAUUUGCAGCUGACCAUUUUAAUCAGGAAAUCUUACCUGUAUUCCUUAACGCCAAUAGAAACUGGAAUUCUCCAGUUGCUAACUUCAUAAUGGAGUCACAAAGACUGGAAUUAAUCAGACUAAUGGAGACCCAAGAGGAAGAUGUGGUCCUACUAACUGCUGGAGAGCACAAUAAAGCAUGCUCUUUGUUGGGAAAAUUACGACUGGAAUGUGCUGACCUUCUAGAAACAAGAGGAGUGGUGCUCCGUGACCCCACUCUGUUCUCUUUUCUUUGGGUGGUAGAUUUCCCACUCUUCCUGCCCAAGGAGGAAAAUCCCAGAGAGCUGGAAUCGGCCCACCACCCAUUUACUGCUCCCCACCCCAGUGACAUACACCUCCUGUACACUGAGCCCAAAAAGGCCCGUAGCCAACACUAUGACUUGGUUUUAAAUGGCAAUGAAAUAGGAGGUGGUUCAAUUCGAAUUCACAAUGCAGAGCUGCAGCGUUAUAUCCUGGCAACCUUACUAAAGGAGGAUGUGAAAAUGCUCUCCCAUCUGCUCCAGGCUUUAGAUUAUGGGGCACCCCCUCAUGGAGGAAUUGCCUUAGGGUUAGACAGACUGAUAUGCCUUGUCACUGGAUCUCCAAGCAUCAGAGAUGUCAUAGCCUUCCCAAAGUCCUUCCGGGGACAUGACCUCAUGAGCAAUACCCCAGAUUCUGUCCCUCCUGAGGAACUGAAGCCCUAUCAUAUCCGAGUCUCCAGGCCAACAGACUCCAAAGCAGAAAGAGCUCAUUGAAUCAUGCAUACCAUGCAGAAAGUUGAGCUUUUAGGUUUUGUCCUCUUUGCUUCCCCAAGGCUAAAGUCAGAUCUAGAGUUCUGCCACAGGUCUGACAAUCAAGUCUUUAGAUGGAAGGAAUCCAGGCAACAUUCUUCACAACAACGAAGAAACAGAUAGAAGAUACCCAAUUUUGACUUGAUUUCAUGCAUCAUUUGGAUUUUUUUUGGUUAGGACUUUUUUUGAAGUUCCUUUUUACUUAGGUGUGAAAGAUGGUUCUUUGUUGGAAUAAUAUAGUGGUUUAGUGUUUUCAAAUCAUGUUUCUCAUACCCAGAUAGAUUAUUCACUUAGGACAGAGGUAAUCAAAUUAUGUGUGAAAUGUAGGAAAAUGCUUGCCCCUGUAAACUAGUGAGUUGAUGGAGCAUUUGCUUCAUCAUCCUCAUCAAGAGAAUCAUAUAAAUUAAGCUUUAUAAUGACAUUUCAACCAUCAACAUAAUAUAGUGAGGAGUAGCAUAAUAUUUUAUAAUAAUGCAGAAAACAUCACUGAAAUGAGAGUCACAAAUUUUUCUUCAGUGUUUCAGCCUGAGCAAGUUACAUAAACCUCGCUUAGCCUCCCUUCCUGCUAAUGUGUAAAAUACAUACUUGCCCUGGCUACCUCACCGGGCUGUUAUUGCUGGAAUCAGAGGAGAUAACAUAUAUGGAAGAUAAAGUGAAUAAAAGUACUUUGAAAAACUAUAAAGCAUUCCACAAAUAUGAGAUGAUGGUAUUAUCCAUCCAUAAAUAGGUAGAUGUAUCUCUAUUUUAUAGUUUCAGAUUAAACAAAACAUAUUAAUAGUAAAGUCAUUUUACUUAUCAAUUUUCUGUUUAUAUUUUUAGUUUUAAAGAUAUUAUUGGCCGGGAGUGGUGGCUCACACCUGUAAUCCCAGCACUUUGGGAUAUUGAGGUGGGUGGAUCACUGGAGGUCAGGAGUUCAACACCAGCCUGGCCAACAUAGUGAAACCCUGUCUCUACUAAAAACACAAAAAUUAGCCAGGCAUAGGUGGCGCAUGCCUGUAAUCCCAGCCACUCGGGAGGCUGAGGCAUGAGGUUUGCUUGAACCUGGGAGAUGGAGAUUGCAGUGAGCCAAGAUGGUGCCAUUACACUCCAGCCUGGGUGACAGAGCAAGACUCCAUCUCAAAAAAAAAAAGACAACAAAGAUAUUAUUAAUCACUGAACACUAUUUUCUCUCAAUUAUAAGUAAUUGAAAAUUCUAAUCAACCUUAGAUUAACCUCAAAUGUGCGAAAAAGUGAACACCAAAACUCAUUGUGAUUUUAAGUUCUAAUCAUACACAUAAAAGUUUUAAUAAACUAAUAAUUAUAAAAUGAGGCCGGGUGCAGUGGCUCACGCCUGUAAUCCCAGCACUUUGGGAGGCUGAGGCGGACAGAUCACAAGGUCAAGAGAUUGAGACCAUCCUGGCCAACAUGGUGAAACCCCAUCUCUACUAAAAAUACAAAAAUUAGCUGGAUGUGAUGGCGCACGCCUGUAGUCCCAGCUACUCAGGAGGCUGAGGCAGGAGAAUCACUUGAACCCAGGAGGUGGAGGUUGCAGUGAGCCGAGGUCACGCCACUGCACUCCGGCCUGGCAACAGAACAAGACUCCAUUUCAAAAAAAAAAAAAAAAAAAAAGACAAAAUGAGAACGAGGUCUUGAUCAGUGAUUUUGAAAUUGUUUUCUUCUAUUCAGUCUUCUGCCUUGAAAUUCUUUUGAUUUAUACCUUUUUUUUUUUUUGAGACAGAAUCUCGCUCUCUUGCCCAGGUUAGAGUGCAGUGGCGCCAUCUUGGCUCACUGCAACCUCCGCCUCCUGGGUUCAAGUGAUUCUCCUGCCUCAGCCUCCUAUUUAAUUAAUUAAUAAUUGAUUUAAUGAUUUAGUUUAAAAUGUUUAAUUCAUUUUAAAAUAACCCAUUACAUGUUAACACAAAUAGCAUGUUUUUAUUUUGAGACAGAGUCUCACUCUGUUGCCCAGGCUAGAGUGCAGUGGUGCGAUCUUGGCUCACUUCAUCCUCCACCUCCCGGGUUCAGGCAGUUUUCCUGCCUCAGCCUCCUGAGUAGUUGGGACCACAGGUGCCCUCCACCACACCUGGUUAAUUUUUGUAUUUUUAGUAGAGACGGGGUUUUGCCAUGUUGACCAGGCUGGUCUCAAGCUCCUGGCCUCAGGUGAUCCGCCUGCCUCGGCCUCCCAAAGUUCUGGGAUUACAAAGGCAUGAGCCACCACACUCAGCCAUGUUUAUAUUUUUAAAAUAAUUAUUUUCCAAAAAAAAUAGAAGAGUAACAUUGUUUUAUAUUUCUGCAAAUAUUUUUUAUUUCUGGCUUAAUAGAAGACACUAGAUUCUGA